GGCUCUCAGCUGCUUUGCUUCAUCCGCCAUCCUCUUAUUUUUUGUUCCCUUCCGAAGCAGACAUGAAGCGAGAACUCAGCCUGUUUGCAGUUCUUUUGCUUACGUUUAGUGCUGUGUGCUGGUUGGGCCCACACGGGCAGCCAUCUCGGCGGCUUUUGUCUCUAUCAGUCGCCUUUAAUAGCGUGGAAGUCGAUUGGACACUCGCUGGGCAGCCAGAAGAGGACUUUGAAAGGUGGAUGUCAAAUGGUGGACUAAGCCACGACGUGACCGAUUUCCGAGGGCGCUUGGCUGUACGAAUUUUGGCCUUUGCUGUGGAUGUGCUACCUGAGUCCAUCAAAAAGGACUAUGCUGAGGACUUGGCAGAGGUCCAAGGUGUAGAUCCAUCGGCAAAACGACCGCUGACCUGGACCGAAGAGCUGAUUAAAGAUGCGCUUGCCACGCAAGCUCUGCAUGGAGAAAAUCUGACUGCGAUGGAUUACAAGUACUUUCGAUUUUUGCCGAAAUUCAUUGGUCGCGUUCUUCCUGGGCAAAGCGCACUGGGUUGGUCUUCUCGUUGUUGGAAAGAGGUGUCUGCCUCUGUGGAGAAACUGAAAGACAAGUGGCAGCUCCAUGUGAAGGUGUCGAAAGCGCAACGUUUGAUUUGCAAUGAAGUCUUUGGCCUCUUCACUGCCUCCCACUUUCGUAUUGGAUCCUUCUCAACUCCAAUUGGUGGCCAGAAGACCUUCACAUUCGAAAUGGGGCUAACAGAACCUCAAACUUGGGAUGUGGACAACUUGGGCGUACGGAUCUUUGCCUUCCAUGAGAAUGCCCUUGCCACCAUGCGAAGUGUCUUGGAUACGGCACUCUUGUUCGCACCUCUUCACACCAAAGGUGUUGCACCAUUGGCAGCCCAGCGGAAUGUGGACUUCUUGGAAAAGUACAUGGGCAUUGAGAUGAAGAGACGAGUUUCUCCGCCCGGAGAUCAGCCCAUCCUAAACGAGUCGCAGAUUCACAGUGGAGACUUCAUUGGGGUCAUCCGCUUGGAUGGCUUGGAUCCGGUCCUGGCCUUUGGCAUGGGAUCGCAUACAGGCCACACUGCCGUGGCCUUGUGGGAAGAUGGACAGCUUUAUAUUGCAGAGAGCACUGUCAAUGGUUCUUACUGGCCGACCAAUGGAAUCCAACGCACGCCUUACAGGCAAUGGAUGGCACAGGCGAAAGCUGCUGGUUUCUCCGUGGUACAUGCACCCUUGCGAGAGGAGUAUCGCAAGAUGUUUAGUGAACGCGGUGCUAACGAUUUCUACCAUCGAUAUGAAGGCUUGGAAUAUGGUUAUCAUGCCCUCUUCACCGGCUGGAUUGACACUACUCGUGGCAACUACCCGUGCAUGCCACCAUACAAUAGCACUGCAGACAAAAUUUGCCUUGUUUGGGAACUGCUGGAGGUUGGUGUGCCCAUCGUGACAAGAUACAUCCCCAGGCUCGAGAAGCCAUUCCUGCUUGCUUGGAAUCAGCAUGUCACGGGAUCUGCCUUCAGCAAUCUUUCGGGAACUGCCCUGUACAGAGAAGCGCUCUCAAAAGGGAUGGAGUUGGAUCUAAUUCCUGCUGUGCCGGAACCAGAUGGCGUUUUAUACCCCUCGGACUUCAACAACGGUACUCAAGCCCCAUCCAUAGCGAUGGUGUGCGACGUUUUUGUUUGUUCUAUUUGGAAAGCUGCCGGUCUUUUCAAAGAGAUCGAUGAUGACUUCAGUUGCAUCGAGCAGACCAAUUUGGACGUCUAUCAACUGAAUAUUCUUGAAGCACCUAAGCAGCGCCCAGCAUCGUGCGUUGCGGCCGACCCGGACAAUGCCUUGUGCCAAUUGACGGGAGACUACGAGCUGCACUUGCCGAAGUUGGGCCAACGAUCUAUGUACAGACACAUGCAAGAGAAAUGCCCGACAGAACCUCCUCUUUACGCUCGACCUUCAAAUUGCUGAUUUGAAUGCUUUGCACGAGUCGAAAACAAUAUGAACCCUGAUAAACAUUGAUACGGAUAAGAAAAAA